GGAGUAGGCCCUUGAGCCUACGUCCCGGCUCCUGGGGACUGGCCUGGUGUUGAUGACUUGAUGACCGUGCGUCACCGCGGCUCACCUCGGCUCAUCCAGCCAGCUCUCCGCUACCAGUAGGGGUUUGAAUCUCGAACACUGAACUGUCUUCCCGUAAUCCCUGAUCCACCGAUCAGAUUUGAUUCGAAUUUUAAAUUGUGAAUAUAUAUAGAGAGUUGCUUUCAAAGUGUUUACAGUUUAGAUUAUUUGAAAAUGGAUUCAAGAUUAACCGUCGUCUGUUGUAUUGUCAUAGCGCUAGCAGUAUCGGUGUCUGCAGCUCACCUGGAGGCGCGGGAGCAGCGUGAGGUCAUGGAGUCUAUGGAGGAGCUGAGACAGAAGCGUGACGUGAUGGAGUCUAUGAGACAGAAGCGUGACGUCGAGGAGUCUAUGAGACAGAAGCGCGACGUGAUGGACACGAUGAAGAGCGCGUGGGGCGAGGUGGUGCGCACGCUGAGCGACGCGGGCGACGCCGUGGUGCACGUCUUCAAGCCCACCGAGAAGAGCGUCGUGGACAAGAUGGCCGACGGGGUCAAGGGACUCGUCAACAGUUCGUAGAAUUAAUCUGCUGAUGGGGCGGCUAAAGUUCCACGGAAAAGUAUAAGCUAAGUUUAAAGCAGUCUAAGCUAAAUUCAACCGUGGGAAAGUGUAAGUUAUAAAGUUAUUACUUCUGGGAGCUGUUACGAAUCACUACAUUAUUCAAUUGACAUUUUAUUAUAAUAUAUUGUAGUCUUUGAUAAACAAUACGAACAAGAUGCAGUGUCAUUGCCAGUGCCAAAGAAACGUCUCGACAAAUAACACAUUUCCAAGUGAGCUCUUAUUCUGAAUCAAAUGCGGACAGUUUAUAAGUAGCUUUAUUUUUUUAUGUGACCAACCAUCUUAUUCGUAUUGUUUACGAAAGUCUUUUACAUAAAUCCGAGUGAUAGAAAGAUUAUUAAUAUAUCAGAUAAAGUGUAGAGUUGUAUAAGUAAUGAAAUGACUGAUAUCUUCUCAAUAGAGAUACGCACUGGGAAUAAAUCAACGCAACUAGCAGCUCAUGACCUUAUUCUAUUGUAGAAGCAACCUUGACCGGCAAUAACUUUAGUCAACUGAAUUAGAUGAUACAGGAACUAGGAAAUAAGUAAGACUAAUAAAUAUUAUAUAAAUAUAAA